AUGGACCGCUUCGUGCAUCCGAUCGGCGCAGCCACCGACGAUAGCACAUUCGCCUCCAAGCCCAACGGGCGAAUGCGCCAAACCAGAAUAGAGCAUGGUUACAAGGUGGAGGUCGUCGAAGAGAUCGUGCAACUCGCGCAAGUGAUGGACAUGAGCGAGGAGAAGGAGCUGCCCCUUUUGCUGCACGAACUCGACGGGCGCUUCAUCUCGUUGGAGCUACUGGAGCAAACAGACAUUGGCAAAGCGCUCGUACGAUUAUACCGACGAACAGAUUCGGAUACGACUCGCGAGCAAGCCAGGCAAAUGCUUCGCAAGUGGAAGCGCACAGCAGUUGAUGGGCUUCGACGACGGAACAAGCGGGUCGAAACGUUUGGUCGGAACAUGGCGCAUUGA